AUGGCUGAUACCCGCGUCCUGAUCGUCGGCAACGGCGGCCGUGAGCACGCCAUCUCUUGGAAGCUCUCCCAAUCUCCCCGCAUCGCUCAGAUCUACGUCUGCCCGGGCAACGGCGGCACCAGCCUGCUCAAGAGGACCCAGAACGUCGACUCUGUCAAGGCCGACGACUUUGCCGGACUCGUCCUCUUCGCCAAGGCCAACAAUGUGAACCUGCUCAUCCCAGGCCCCGAGGCGCCUCUGGUUGCGGGCAUCGUCGACCACUUCAACAAGUUCGCGCCUGAAGUCAAGUGCUUUGGUCCCAAUGGCGCGGCCGCGCGCAUGGAGGGCAGCAAGACCUUCUCCAAGGACUUUAUGCACAGGCACAACAUCCCCACGGCCGAGUACAAGAACUUCACCGACCACGGCGCGGCAUCGGCCUACCUGGACAGCAUCAACCACACCGUCGUGAUCAAGGCCUCUGGCCUCGCGGCCGGCAAGGGCGUCAUCAUCCCCCAGUCCAAGGCUGAGGCGCACCAGGCGCUCAAGGAAAUCAUGCUGGACCGGGAAUUUGGCGAAGCUGGUGAUGAGGUUGUCAUUGAGGAGUUCCUCGAGGGCGACGAGCUGAGCAUCCUCAGCUUCAGCGACGGCACCAACAUCCAGAGCUUGCCCCCGGCGCAAGACCACAAGAGGAUCUUCGAUGGCGACCAGGGCCCCAACACCGGUGGUAUGGGCACCUACUCGCCUACUCGUAUUGCACCCAAGGAGGUUGUCGACGAGAUCCACAAGACUAUUCUGCAGCCGACGAUAGACGGCAUGCGCAAGGAGGGUUACCCGAUGGUUGGCUGCCUCUUCACCGGUCUCAUGAUGACCAAGAACGGCCCCAAGGUUCUCGAGUAUAACACGCGCUUCGGUGACCCGGAGACGCAGUCGCUGCUGCCCCUAAUGGAUAGCGACCUUGCUGAGGUCUUGCUUGCGUGCGUUGACAACAAGCUGAGCGGCUACGAGAUCAAGGUCGGCAGCAAGGCCGCCGCGACCGUCGUCGUAGCCGCAGGCGGCUACCCAGGCAGCUACAAGAAGGGGACGGAAAUGAAGCUGGACGAGCUGCCAAACGACACCGUCCACUUCCACGCCGGGACCGCCAUGAAGGACAGCACUCUUGUCACUGCCGGCGGCCGUGUCAUUGCGUCAACGGCUUGGGCCCCGACGCUGGAAGAAGCGGUGCAGAAGGCGUACAAGGGCGUCGAGGGCAUCCACUUCGACGGCAUGCAAUACCGGAAGGAUAUUGCCGGCCGCGCCCUCAAAUGA